AGACAAUGGUGUCAAAGGACACCGUAGCUAGUCCACAAAGCACGAAACUCGCGUUUGAUGAUAUAUCGAUGUAUGACUGGGAAAAUAAGCACUUUAACAGUGGACUGAGCUAAUGGUACAGUGACACCUUUUUCACUUAAACCAGUCGCCCGAAGAUAUGUUUUAGGCGGCUAGCUGUAGCUAACAUUAACGUCAGGCUCGGCCGCUAACAGCAGUUAUGGUCGACGUCAGCACAGAGAGGAAACACACACACACGACCAAACGGUUAGCUACACACGACCGCACCACUAAACAAGCAACGUCAGCUUGCUAAGUCUUCUGCAAAACAUUCACUUUAUGACGGAGUCACCUGAAGCUACAUCAGUGCUGCUCCUAAAAUGAGGAGGCUGACCAAGAAGAAGGCUCUGACUCUGGUGAAGGAGCUCGACGCUUUCCCCAAAGUUCCCGAGAGCUAUGUGGAGUCCACAGCCAGCGGUGGGACAGUGUCUCUGAUAGCGUUCACUCUCAUGGCUGUCCUCGCCUUCCUGGAAUUCUUCGUGUACAGAGACACAUGGAUGAAGUAUGAGUAUGAGGUGGACAAAGACUACAGCAGUAAACUUAGAAUAAACAUUGACAUAACAGUGGCCAUGAGAUGCCAGUACAUCGGCGCAGAUGUCUUGGAUCUGGCAGAGACCAUGGUUGCUUCUGACGGCUUGAAAUAUGAACCAGUCGACUUUGAGCUCUCUCCGCAGCAAAGAUUGUGGCACAUGACGCUUCUGCACAUCCAGGAGCGUCUGAAAGUGGAGCACUCGCUACAGGAUGUACUCUUCAAGGCUGCAAUUAAAGGGGGUCCUCCUGUUCAGCCUCAGAGGGAGGACAGUUCGACCUCCCAUAGCGCCUGCAGGAUACACGGACAUCUGUAUGUCAACAAAGUGGCAGGAAAUUUCCACAUUACUGUUGGCAAGUCCAUCCCACAUCCCCGAGGCCAUGCCCAUUUAGCUGCGCUCGUUAGCCAUGACUCUUUUAACUUUUCUCACCGGAUUGAUCACCUGUCCUUCGGAGAAGUGAUUCCCGGGAUUAUCAGCCCUCUGGACGGCACAGAGAAAGUGUCUGCUGAUCCUAACCACAUGUUUCAGUACUUUAUCACCAUCGUGCCCACCAAACUGAACACCUACAAAGUCUCUGCAGAAACACACCAGUACUCGGUGUCCGAGCAGGACCGAGUGGUAAACCAUGCUUUAGGCAGCCAUGGAGUCUCGGGGAUCUUUAUGAAGUAUGAUAUCAACUCACUGAUGGUCAAAGUCACCGAGCAGCACAUGCCUCUCUGGCAGUUUCUUGUCAGACUCUGUGGCAUCAUCGGAGGCAUUUUCUCCACCACAGGAAUGCUCCAUGGUAUCGUAGGGUUCUUGGUUGAUGUAAUCUGCUGUCGUUUCCAAAUGGGAGUGUACAGACAUCUUAAGGAGGCUCCUCUGAGUGAGCAGGCAAACAGUGAAACUCCGGUUUCUCCACCAAACUACACUUGAUAAUGAGAGUUCUGACAGCUCACCGCCUUGGCCUAACCCCAGCAGACAGCAGCGAGCUACUGGGAAUAUGUUUACAAGUUUCAGAUGUUUUAUUAUGGAAUAUGUCCCUGCUUUGUUCAGAAAUGUGUGGAUAUUUGUGUGAUUUCUGUUUAAAAAUUGUUAAUGGGUGGGUGUAAGAUUCAGACAUCCAUCUGUGAAGGAUUGUAUUCAUUACCUCCACUAAUUAUGUCACUUUCACUGGAGAGCUGGAGGACCGAACAGCAGGUUAAAAACAUUAUUUUUAUCAUUGUCAGUGAACAGAUGGUUUCUGGUGUUUGAGCUCCUAUGGUAUACACACCCACACACACAGAGAGAGCAGGGUUUUCAGUUAUUUUGGCUAGCAGACCUUUUUGUCAGGGUUAUGUGUGCUUGAUAGACAUCAGUCUGACAGAUGAAGUGAAGAAAGGGACGUUUCUUCUGAUUCUUAUGUGUAGUUUGUUGUCCUCCGAACGUUUUGCUCAACUUAAAGCUGAAAAGUUGCCCACAAUAAAGAAAAAUCAAACUUG